CAAAUUUAACAAAACACUAUGCCAAUUCAUCCAACUGCUCCUUUAACCACCUCUGUUCCUGCUAACUUAAACUAUUCAACACCUGUUACAUAUGCCCAACCUCUAACAUAUGCUUAACCUGUUUAAUACAUUCCUCAACCUGUCCAAUAUGUUCCAUAACCUGUUUUGACUUAAUCAGUUGUAGCUCAACCUGUAGUUGCAUAACCUGUCAUUGCUGCUCCACAAUAGCCAGCAAUCAAAGGAGAAUCAAGAGUAGAAUAUAGAGAAUUCUAAAGACCUGUGGUCGAAAUGGAAACAGAAACCAUUUAAGUUCAAGUGCCAAAAACUAAAUACGUGACUGAUUAUUAUCCAGUCGAAUAUUAAACAGAGUAUAUUCCCAGAACUGUCUAUGAAUAAUAAACUGAAUAUAUCCCAGUCACUAAAACAGUCCCCAGAGUUGAAUAUGAUGCAGUUGAGAGAGAAGUUCAAAGAGUGGUAAUCUGAUAUUUAUGACCAUUCCCUAGUAAUAUUAACCCGUUUAAACAGUGCCAGUAUAGACAGUGGCUGUCUAACCAGUCGUAUAAUCUGUAGUUCAACCUGUUUAACCAUUGACUUAUUCUAUUGCCAGACCAGUUGCUUAGGCCCCUGUUUAUGCUUAACCAGUUAUCGCACCAGCUCUAACAUAUUCAGGUGUUAGACAUGCAUAUGCUCCAGUAAAGAAUUUAUAUGAGGUUAUUUUAGAGUUACAAUAGUGUUCCAACCUAUGGUCAAUUACCACAAACAGUCAGAUCAUAAAGAUAACCAAAUCCAUCAAAUAAACCAUAAUGAAUAUGAAGUAUCAUAAUUUAAACAAAAAUUUAAUUUCAUUUGCC